AUGCAACCUGCCCUCGACGAACGAGAUCGUCAUCUAAAAUGGAUGAAAGAGGCCAUGAACAUGGCCGAAGAAGCUCUGGCGGCGGGUGAAGUCCCCGUUGGAUGCGUGUUUGUCAGAGACGAAAAGAUUAUCGCAAAGGCUCGGAAUCGGACGAACGAGUUGAGAAAUGCUACACGGCAUGCUGAGUUGGAAGCCAUCGAUUGCAUCCUCAGCGAUAACGAGUUGACACCCCAAAAGGGCGAGCCCUAUCCCCUCUCCACGACCACCCUCUAUGUCACAGUAGAGCCGUGCAUCAUGUGCGCAUCGGCUCUGCGUCAGCUGGGCAUUAAAGAAGUCUUUUACGGCUGUGGCAAUGAACGAUUCGGGGGGUGCGGAAGUGUGCUUGGUGUGAACCAAGAACUUCCCCAUCCGCAACACCCACCAUACAAAGCAACAGCAGGGUACUGCCGGGAAGAGGCAAUCAUGAUUCUCCGUCGGUUUUAUAUCACCGAGAACACGAACGCGCCCAAUCCGAGAUCGAAAGCAAACAGGGUCCUUAAAACGCACAUAGAGCCUAUGGCGUCAUGA